UUAUUAUAAUUAUUUUAGAAAUGAAAACCUUUGCUAUCAUUGCUUUAGUUGGAGUUGCAUCCCUUGCUCUCUACUCAAUGGCUCCAUCAGUUGAAUCUGGUGUCGAGACCCAAUUCCAAGAGUUCCUUGCCACUUACGGCCAGAACUACGGAACCACUGAAGAGUACAACUACAGACUCGGAGUUUUCAAGGCCAAUUUGGAAUCCAUUGCUGAAAUGAACAAGGAAGAAGGUGUUGAGUUCGGUGUCAACGAAUUUGCUGACCAGACCCCACAAGAGUUUGCUGUUAGAUUCGGAUUCAAACAACCAGUUGGAACCAAGAAGUCAACUGCUACUCACAUCAAGGCUGUUGAGGGAGAGAACAUUAACUGGAGUGAUAUGUGGACUGACGUUAAGAACCAAGGUGCUUGUGGAUCAUGCUGGGCCUUCUCUGCUGCCGCUGCUUUUGAGUCUAGAUACCAACUCGCUCACGGAGAAACCAACACUGAUAAAUUGUACUCUGAGCAAGAACUUGUUGACUGUGAACCUCAAUCCGAUGGAUGUGAAGGAGGAUUAAUGGACUUCGCUUUUGAAUAUCUUAUUGAUAGCGCAUUCUGUACUGAGCAACAAUACCCAUACACUGCCAGAGAUGAAUCCUGUAAGGUAACCAAGUGUGCUGGUGGACCAAAUGAUGCUGGAUUCACUGAUGUUCCAGAGAAGGACGAGCAAGCUCUUGUUGAUGAACUCAUGAGCGGACCAGUCGCUGUUGCUGUUGAUGCUUCCAGAUGGCAAUUCUACAGAAAGGGAAUCUUCUCUACCUGUAACGACAACCUCAACCAUGGUGUUACCCUCGUCGCCGUCAACUUCGAUGAAGAAUCCUUGACCAUUAGAAACUCAUGGGGAAAGAGCUGGGGAGAAAACGGACACAUCAGACUUGCUCUCAACAAGAACACCUGUGGUGUUGCCGAAGCUGCCUCCGUCCCAACCUUCUAAACUGCAUAAUUUGUCAUAAAUUCUGCUCAAAAAUCCCAAUUUCUUC